AUGAGUGCCCCCCUCGCGACCAAGCAGCAAUCGCUGAAGAUCUUCGAGAGGUUGAAGACGAAGCCAGCGAACAAGAUAUGCUUUGAUUGCGGACAGAAGAAUCCUACCUGGACUUCGGUUCCCUUUGGCAUCUACCUGUGUCUCGACUGCUCAGCGAACCAUCGCAACCUGGGCGUUCACAUCUCCUUCGUGCGAUCCACAAACCUCGAUCAGUGGCAAUGGGAUCAGCUUCGAGUAAUGAAGGUUGGCGGUAACGAAUCUGCGACCAAAUUCUUCCAGCAGAACGGAGGCACUGCGGCAUUGAACAGCAAGGACCCCAAGACCAAAUACCAGUCGAACGCGGCUACUAAGUACAAGGAUGAGUUGAAGCGACGUGCGGCGCGUGAUGCGCUAGAAUACCCUGAAGAAGUUAUUGUCGAUGGCCUCGAGGCUGAUGGCAGCUCCACCCCUGCCGGAGAACCUGAUGAUGAUUUCUUCUCAUCUUGGGACAAGCCUACGAUUAAGAAGCCGACGCCGCCUUUAUCACGAACUGCAACUCCUCCUGUAGUCGGCCGUACCCCAUCUCCAUUCCUCAACGCCGGCAACAAGGACGUUCCCCGUGCCGCGUCCCCUCUAUCAAAGACAGAUUCAACCGAGUCGAAGCCUGCAGCCAGCCGUGUCACCACAUCUGCUGCUUUGCGAAAAUCCACCCCGUCCGGCGGCCCCAAGAAGGCCAACAUCCUUGGUGCCAAGAAGGUGCAAAAGCUGGGCGUCAAGAAGGUCACUGGCGAUGUCAUUGACUUUGACGAGGCGGAGAAGAAGGCCAAGGAGGAAGCAGAGCGUAUCGCCAAGCUGGGAUACGACCCUGAAGCCGAAGAAGAGCAGGCCGCAAAGACCACUGCCACUUCAUCCGCUGCUGCCAUUAUUUCCCCAACCCCCAUUAGCCCAGCUCCUAGCUCGCAUACACGACAGAAGUCAAAUGCUGAAAUGGAGCGAUUAGGAAUGGGCAUGGGACGUCUCGGAUUCGGUCAGAUUGGCGGUGCCAAGGCCGCUGCGUCUGCUUCUUCUGCCUCUUCUGCCAAGAAGAAUGCUGGUGGUUUCGGCUCCGUUGGACCUGUAAAGGCAACUGCAGCUGAUGAAUCCGAGACAUUUGCCCGUAGCAAAUUUGGUGCCCAAAAGGCCAUUUCGUCUGACGAGUUUUUCGGCAAGGGCUCGUAUGACCCUAAUGCUCAGGCUGAAGCCAAGACACGACUUCAAGGAUUCGAAGGCGCUACGGCCAUUUCCUCAAACGCUUACUUUGGACGACCUGAGGAGGAAGUGGAGGAAGAUUACGGUGAUAUCGAGACGGCUGCAAAGGACUUUGUGCGAAACUUUGGAAUUACAGCCGCUGAUGAUUUGGAGAACUUGACUAAUGUCAUUGGCGAGGGUGCUUCAAAACUACAAAGUGCUAUCCGAUCUUACCUCGAUGGUUAA